AUGACGAGCAAGCGAAGGAUGGAAGGAAAUGUUUUACUGCACGAAGCUCCAGGAGCCCGUGUUUUGAAGGAUGAAGGCUUGGUUUACACGCUUCUUAUGUGUCUUUCCCUCGCCGAAGUGCGAAAAUUAUGGAAAUUACGAAAGAUGUUCGUCAGAGUGUUGAACGACAAGGUUGUUCCGCUGCUCGCACUGCUUGAGAGGGAGUGGAGCAUCGUCCGCGACUUUUUAGACUCGAAUCGCAGCGGUUUCCAAUACAAUCUUGACCGGGUCUUCACGGAGGCUGUGCUUCACACGGACUUUGAGGGCCUGCGGCUUUUGGCGCAGAGGAAUUACGGUUUUGGUAGCUCGCGAGGAGACUCUCGCCUGAAAGUUUUCGUGCAAGAGGCGUUGCGAACUGCGCACAUCGAGAGGCUGUCGCUUCUGCGCGUCCUCAAGUAUGAUAUUUCGGAGGACGUCGAGGAGUGCCGGGCCCGUGGAGAUCUGGGGCAGCUCUUGAGCGAGGGGUCGAUCACGGUGGAUUUUCUCGGGUCCCGUGCGUCCUUCCGCUUCCCGCUCAUGGAUUUGGCCACGAGCGCGUACGCGGAAGUUCAGAUGACCGACCUGUGCAAGCAGCGGGAGACCCUUUACAAAGUUCCUUUCAUUCUUUGCGCCUUCAUCAAAGCGGGAGCCAGCAUGAGCUCCUUUCUUCGAGUGGAAAGCUGUGGGUACCUGUUGCUGCUAGCGCUGGCAGCCGAGUCCUUCAACUUCGUGUACCUGCUGGUUCAAGAGGCUAUCACCCUUGAGGCAGUGCUUCGACAGUACGAGCCAUACUUGCUACAGAUGUUGCGGCAGGCGAUGCCGCAGCGCCCAGGGGUGCUGGACUUGCUCUGUUUCUGCGGCUUCAAACUGAAGCUCGAGGAACAGGAGCAAUUCGAUUCUUCUGUCCUCGACCGCGUUCUAAAGCAGGACUUCCUCUCCGUCGAGCGGAUUUCCAAGCUGGGUUUCGACCUUCUGGCGUUUGCCGAGCGCCAGCAGGCGGAGCUCAGCGCGCUGCUGCAAAGAGGUCUGGAGGACUUGAUCGGCGACUCCGCUGAGGACCUUCAAACGGAGGGCGACUCCGGUGAGGCCAAGAGACCGCAACUGGCAAUACGAAGGUUUGCCAGCAUCGACAGGCGGGUGUUGGACCUUCAUUUUCGGAGCCCUCAGUUUUUGGAGUUCGCCGAUGACCUCAUGGGGCGCAAAGCGUUUGUACAGAUGCGCUGCAUUGUGGAGGUCCAUCCACAAGCAUUCGGCCAUUAUUUUCGGCAGCACUACCAAUCCAUGGAGGAGUUGCUGAUGGAUGCCUUCUGCCGACGGCAGAUAGCCCUGGUCAUUGACCUAACAUCGCUUCACCUUCCACUCGCUCAGUUUUUUGAGAAGCACCAGGCGCAACUGGAUGCGGUUCUCCACAAAGCUUGGUUCGCAACAAAGGCAUGGACAGAGCUGGUCAUGUUGCGUUCCGAGGUUUCCGAGUUCCGCUUCAAGUCGUUCUUCCUGCGGAUGCAGGAGGAGACAGACGCCGCGGUUCUGAAGAUCCUGCAAGACGGAUACUGGUUUGAUCUGCACAAGCUCGCUCAGCUGGACUUCGACUUCCAAGAUUUCUUUGAUCGUCGCUUCCAGGAGGUCUCCUCGGCGGUUCUGCAGUUCAUGACCAUGCCGCACCCUCACUUCGUGCUUCUGCGGGAGCUCUCGGCUCUCGACUUCCCAUGGGAACGCUUCAUGGAGGAGCAUGCGGCGUGCAUCCUCGCCUCGAAGGACCAGGACUACCUUCAGUUCCUGAUCUCUCUCGGUAGCUUCGAGGUUGGAUCGAAGGUCUACAGAGUGGUGGAGCAGACGUGCAGACUGUACCACUCCAUGGCCAACACCAUGUUCAACACUCCCAGUUCUUGGCCUUCGGUUCCUGUGGAGGCUCCAGCAGUGGCAUCAAGCCAAGCUUCUGAGGCCUCCAGCGAGGGCCUGGAACCCUGCGACGCCGCACAGAGUUCUGGGAUGGUGCUGACUACUCCAGGGGAGGCCGAGGCUGCGGACGAGAGCGGCGCUGGCGGCACCGAAGGCCGCGCGGAUCGCCCCAAGGCGAGCUCUGCCACCGAGCGUGCAAAGGAGCUGGCAAGGCUGGCCUGCGAGAGGAAGGUGGAUGCCAAGAAGGUCAUGGCGUUGCUGAUUUGUCGUGGCAUCUACUGCUGGAACCCGCUCAAGUUGAUCAUCGACGAUGACGGCGAUGCCAAGGAUGUCAGAUCCUGGUCCCAAAUCGAGAGCGUCCUGAGUUUCCUCGACGCCAAAGAUGAGGUGCAGGGCCCUGGUCCGCUGCUUGGUCUCCAGGCCCAGGGCCUGCACACAGCACCUCUGCAGCAACUCCAGCAGCCGCCAACAGCAGCCGCCGCAAAUGCGCCACCGCAGCUGCAGACCUUGGCGCAGCUCCAAUCAUUGCUGCAAUUCCAGCAAAUUUAUCAAGCAUCGCCGUGGCAACAGCAGCAGAUGGUGAUCCAGAUCGUCUGCCUGACGCAGCGGGCGGAGGAACAUGUCUUCGACAAGAAGAUUGAGCCCUUCUGGCGUGGCAUCCUGGACAGCGUCCUGCCUCUCGAGAGGCCUGACUAA